UCCAAUUAGGGUUUCCCCCAUCCCUCUUUGGCAGCAGCAAUAAAAUCUUCUGGGGUUGUUUAGGUUUAUUUAUCAGCAGUUUUCCACUGCCCAAGGCUGCCCUUGUCUUGGUAGGAGAGCAAACCAACAUCCUCCUCAAACACACACAGCUCAUUCAUUUAAGGGGAAAAGCAGUGAAAAUGGCUUCUUCCAGCUCUUACAAUUCACCCUGUGCUGCCUGCAAAUUAUUGAGGAGGAAAUGCUUGCCGGGAUGCAUCUUUGCACCUUACUUUCCACCGGAGGAGCCCCAAAAAUUUGUGAAUGUUCACAAGAUCUUUGGAGCGAGCAACGUGACCAAGCUCCUCAACGAGCUCCUCCCUCACCAAAGAGAGGACGCGGUGAACUCCCUCGCCUAUGAAGCUGAGGCGAGAGUAAGAGAUCCAGUUUACGGUUGCGUUGGAGCCAUCACAUUCCUGCAGAGACAAGUCCAAAGGCUACAGAAAGAACUUGACACAGCUAAUGCCGACUUGAUCCGCUUCGCCUGCAACGACAUCCCCACAGCCUUGCCUCAAGCACCGGGGACAAGCUCAUUUCAACCCCUCACUCCCCGUACCAGGCUACCCGAGUUUAACAGAAGGAAUAUUGGCAAUGAAGGAGGAGGAUUCUAUCAGGUCCCCAGUGCUCUUCCUUAUUCUUUCCCUUGGAACGAUGCCUCUUCAGUUGAUAUCAACGAUGGAGGAGGAGAAGGCGGUAUGUAAACAGCCAA